UGCUGCUUUGGCCUGGCUUUGAUCAGGAGUUGGCUUCCCCAGCUGUGACCCCUGAUGGGAAUUCCAUCCUCCCACAUGCCUGUCCCAUCCCACGCCUCCAUCCUGGGAGCCUGCUGAAGGGGAGAAAAAAAAAAUCAAAAAACAUUUAAAAAAAGAUGAAUAACGGGUGUUUAAUCCACCUCCUGCUUUUCCCAUCUGUGGGGUUUCAGAAUCGCUGACUGCAUUUGUUGGGUUCACUCAGGCAUCCCCCCAGCCCUGAUUCCCACUUAUCCCUCUCCACCUCCACCGGCUGAAAGGGGAUAGUCCCAGAGGGGAAAAGCUGGUGGUGACAGCAAAACUGGAGCUGUUUUCUUGGGAUGGUGCAGAUGUAGGGAUGGCACCCCCUCGGCAAAGCCCCGGUGGAUUUCAUGGAAAGCGUGAGCCCAGGAGUGUCUUCACCCUAAUGAGGUUAAAUGAGCCUAACCCUGUGAGACAUCAGAGAUUCCAAGUGCCUGGCUCGGGCCACGGGGCAUCCCUGCAGCAAGGCUGGAAGUGGGAUCUGGGUGAAACAGGGCAAUUGCAUCAUGCCCGGUGGCAUCAGCUGAGUGAAGGCAGGGCUGGUGUCACAACGUCCCCACGAACAGGGGGUGGGGGUUGUAGAUCCCUGGGGUUUGGGGGAAAGGGGAAAAAGCAGCGGGGAAACGUCAGGAGUCACAAGAUCCUGGGUUUCUGUCCUGGCUUGUCCAACCUCAGCAUUGUCACAGCUGGGAAGGAAUCCCGUGCCUGCAUCUCUCUCCCACGCAGUAUCUCCUAGGGAGAUGGCUUUAAACAACAGCCUCCUGAGAGAUCCUUCUUGGAAGGAAAAUAACCCAGUUUGGGAUUUUUCCCCGAGCUUUUUUUCAAUAUGAAGGGAGCUGUUUUCCCUGGAUCUAAGUGCUGGCAAAUUUAAUAGGUACUGGAUGUCUUAGAAAUGACCCUGAGGAUUUAUCAUGGGGAUAAAGCUGUUGGAAAUGAUGUGGGGGAGCUGCUUCUGAGGGUGCAAGUGGGAAAGGAAGCACUGACCCUCUGAUGGGGGUUUUCAGAGGAUUCCAGGAAGCAGCAUCCUCAUUGGAAAGUAAGAAAUUGUUGAAGUUUGGAUAAGAAACUUCAAAUGGAAGAGAUAAGCAGAGAGUGCAGCCUCAGUCUUGCUGUUUUGGGGUGAGCUGGGGCUGGGGAGAGGCAGAUCAUCCCCUGCUCCGUUCCAGGCAGAGCUGCUUCACCACCACCACUGGGUCCCUUAUCUCCCCCCACAAGUCUCCUCGUUAUCUGCUCCAUUUCCCCUGCUGUGGAUGUGGCUUUUGUCUUAUCUCCAUGUGCUUUUCCUCCAUUUCCUCGUUGGCUCCUCUGCUAACUCUCGUCACAAAAGGAAAAAAAUAACAUGGAGGAGAUCCUGCUGCAGCAGGGUCUGGGCUUGGGGAUGCUGAGCUGUGCUGGGAAAUACGGGGGGAUGUUUGCCCAUGUUGGGAGGGUGCUGUGCCAGUGAUGCUCAGGUGGGUCUUGGGGCUUGCUUGGGUGAUUUACAGGAUGUUCAGGUGAUGCUGGGGGGUUACUGGGUGAAGGUCCUGUGAUGCCCUUGGUACUCUAGUGAUGCUCAUGGGUCUCAGUGGGAUGCUUAGGAGAUACUGGGCAGUGCUGGGGAGGUGCUGGGUGAUGCCAGGUGAUACUGGGAGAAUACUUGGAAUGCUCCAGGAUGCAGGACUAUGGUGGGACAGCCUGCCAGCUCCACCUGCUGUCACUGUGGACCAGACUCGCCACACAGCAGCCCCAAAUCAGAAGACAUCCUAAGGGAGAGGAUGAACUACUGCCUCAGAGGGAGAAAUCUCAAAUUACUUUAAAAGGAAGGCCAGCUCACCUCUCCUGUCGGGACACCUGCAGCAAGGUAUAAAUGGCCUCAAAACAGUUCUUGGACUCUGUGGACCCUGUGGUUUUCCACAAGCGACCUCGGCUGGAGACAGAGGCCACCACCAGCUUUCCAUCCAGCAAAAUCCAAAGCAAAUCCAGCCCUGUGCCCAGCCCUGGUUCCGAAAAACAUUUCAACUACAAGGGCUCCUACUUUGCCUGCCCACUGCAGAGCUCCAAGGGUCCUGAGCAGCCCCUGGCCCUCUGGAGCCCAGCACCCACCUACCUACACUACGGCCCCGGUGCCAUGAGCCAGCCAGCGCCUGCCGAGGGGUCUCUGGUGGGCUUCCUGCUGCACCCAUCGGAGAGUCCGGGCGUCCAGAAGGGCAAGGACAGCCUGAUGCAGGAGCAGCUGAUGGCUAGGAAGAAGUUGGACAGCCCAAGAUGCCCCUUACCAGUGAAGAAGCCGGUGGUGAUGAACAAGGCGGCCCCCCUGGCGGUCCCUAAGCCGGUGUAUGGAGCCCCUGCCCGCUUCCUGGCCCCCAGGAUGGCUCUGCCACUAGGAACACGAGUGGAGAGCCUGCAGCAGACACCAAGGGAGGCAAACUGGGCUCUGCCUCCUGCCACCCACCCUCUCCACCUUGGCGAGCCCCACAGGAGGGGUCCCUGCUCUGACCCCAGCAUCCCACCGCUGCCCUCCAGCCUGGUGCUGCCCGUCAAGGAGCAGUUGGGCUCCCCCGUUGCCUUAUCCCACUACUAUGUCACCUUUGAUAAAUACAGGCCCCCCCCAAGCACCCCGGUCUUGGAAGCAAGCUGUCCCACUGCCCACAGCCAGAAUAAGGUGCCAGAGGUCCCCAGCCUCAUCCCGGACUCCUGUCCCAAGCUCCAGCUGCCUGAUGCUGGCCUGACAAACCCGGAGAGGCCAGAAAUGUGCUACCCACCCCCCCCUUACCCACUGUCUCCUCACAGAGCUGCUCCCCUCUAUCACCCUCCGGCUCCCCCUGCGGGGGAGGCCAGCGCCCUGCCCAGCUCCAGCUUUGUGGAAAGCAGGAAACCCUUUCCUGGCUCUUACCUCAAACCCCAAGCCCCAGGGAGCUACUUUCCCAGCCCCUUGGACCCCUACGUGCUGAGGACAGCGGGUGCUGGUCCCUCCAAGCCGGUGGUGGUGCUGAGGGAUGCUGAGCUGCCAAGGGAUGUCCAGCUGCCCGGGUACCCUGGUUUUACUUUCAACUCUGGCGAUGAAUCCGUGUUCCACGCUUCCUUUGCCACCCUGGAGCCAGGAUGUGAGCAGCACGAGGCGGGAAGUCCACGGUGGCGAGCGGCGUCAAGGCACAGCAGCGCUUUCCAACCUGUCUGCACCCCUGAGAAGCUCUCCAGGGGCUCCACUGGGCUCACGGAGACAUUUCCCAAAAGAGAAGGGAGCUGGGAGAAACCCAGGCAAGGGGAGCAGGAGCCCCCAUACCUGGGGAGGAGGAACACCAGCCCAGCCCCACAGGACACUCUGUGUGGGGGACCAGUGUCUCCUGUCAUCACAGGGAAAGGAAAUGACUGCAAGGUCAAGGAUCCAACCAAGGAGCUUGCCCCCCCUUCUUCAUCCAUGACCCCCCCAAAGGGGCUGGAAGACCCGAGGGACACCAAAGUUUUUUCUUCCUCUCCACCGAUGCCAGUGAUCCACAAUGUCUUCAGCCUGGCACCUUACCAGGAGUACCUGGAGAGGGCCAAGGGCUCAGCCCAUGUCCUCUUCUGCAGGGACCAUCUGUGGGGGGACCCCCCACCUCAAAACAGGAGCCCCAGCCAGGAGCCUGCUUCCCUCAGAGAUACCUUGGUGGUGUCCAGCCUGAGAUCGGACAGCGGUGUGGUGCAGAGCCAAGAGGAAAGAUGUCACAGGAAGGCCCCCAAAAAGCCAAAGCCUGUGUCCCAAGAGCUGGGGUCUCAGGAGGGCAGCCCCGAUGGGGUGGGCGCUGGGGAGCUGCUCAGUGAGGAUACUGUGCUGGACCUCAGCUUGAAGAAGAGACCAAUGGAAGCCAUGGAGACCCAGGGACUCACUGGCUGUGUGGAGGGGACGCUGGACCAGGAGGAUGUGGAGGAGGAGGAGAAAGAGGCUCCCGGGGGCAAGGUGGGAAUGGGAGAGGGGGCCCAGCCCCAGCUGCUUGAGGUGGGCUCUGGGGACAGGAGCAACUUCCAGAGCUCAGCCACCUUCAUGUUCAAAAAAUACAAGCUCCUGCACUCCCUCACGCCCAGCACAGAGCCCCCUCAGCAGGAUGGCAGCCCCCAAGCCCCCCAGCCCAGCCCACCCAGCAGCACCCCCACACCAAACCCACCAGCCUCCCCACCAUCCAGCAGCCCUCCAGUCCCACCACCUGACCCCCAGCCCAGCACCAUCUCAGGCCCAAACCCUCCCCAGCCUCCACUUCCUGAAGCCCCCUUCACCCCAGGGGAGGAGGGGGUCUCACUGGCCAGGAAGUUUGUCAGUCCCCCACCAGACACCCCCUCUGGGCAGUACUUUGCCACCCUGCACACCUGGCUCUGUGACACGAUUUCGGGGUCAGUGUCACGGUCAUCCCCAGAGCUCCUGCAGCAGUGGCUGAAGAAGGCAGAGCUGGCAGAAGAGCUGGGAGAGAUGCCCAAGUCCCUGCCCAAGUCCAAGAACAGCUCCAAGGCUCCCACUCCUCAGAAGCCCAUGAAAGGCAAGGAGAUCUGGCUGGCUUUCCAGGACGUGGCCACGCUCCUGGCCAACCUGCUCUCCCAGCUGGAGACCUUCAUGUUCGCUUGCCCUUUCCCCCACGUCGUCCGGGCAGGAGCCAUCUUCAUCCCCAUCCACGUGGUGAAGGAGAAACUCUUCCCGAAGCUCCCUGGGACCUCCGUUGACCUAGUGCUGCAGAAGCACAAGGUGGAGCUGCGUCCCACCACGCUCUCGGAGGAGAGGCACCUGAGGGACCUGGAGCUGAAGAGCUGCACCUCCCGCAUGCUGAAGCUCCUGGCGCUCAAGCAGCUCCCCGAAAUCUAUCCAGACCUGCUCAACCUCCACUGGCACAACGCCAUCCGGCAGCAGCUCGGUAGCCCUGCUCAGACACUGAAAGCUGAUGGCAAAGCAACAGCCAUGGAUAAAUCAGAGAAAAAGGAGGCACUAAGGAACGUGCCAAGGACAACAGCUAGAUGAGAAUGGGAACAGGAAGGUCCCUCGUCUCCAGAGCUGUGGAUAUUGAGAUCACCGGCAGCCCUACAGGGAGAUGCUCAGUUCCCACCGGCAUCAGGGGACCUUCCAAGGACAGUUCUCAGGGUGGAGAACAGCUUAAUGAUGCAGGACCACACACAGGGAUGCUGGUGUGGUGUCUGGACCCAUGGGGAUGGGCUCGAGCCCCUUGUGGCAGCUGGAGCUACUUUUCUUUGAACGCAUCAUCUCUUAGUGCAUCCUCACCUCCAUCCAUGACUGACUUGGUGAGCUGGGAGGAAUUGGCUGGAGUUCCAGUGGAUCUGGAGCAAGAGGAGCAUGGAAACGGUCCUCAGCCUUGGUCCUCAGCACCAUCCCCAGCCUUGGAAAAAGGCUGGCUACUGCAAGGACAACAUCCCACCUACCUCCUCUCUCCUCUCUAUCCCCUCUCCUGCUUUAUCCGUGCCAUUCCCAAGAAAUGUACCUUCCUUCUGGUUUAAAGUGCUACAGAGACCUUUCACAACAUCAGGACAAGGGAAUCGUGACUUCUGUAGUCCUGAGACUAAUUUUUUUUGUUUUAAAUGAAGACAUUUUACAAAUGUUCUGGAUUUACCUUUAUAAGGAGCUGCUGCCUUCAGGUCGUGUGUUUUGGGUGGUUUUUUUCUUUAAAUACAGUAAUUUAUACUUUUUAUUUCAACUGAAAGGCUGCAAGAAAGAUUUAAAGACUCCUAAAGAUAAACCAAACUACUUUACACCCCAGAUGCUCUUCCAGUGGAGAACACGGGAGAUGCACAUUUAGUGAUCACCUUAAUGGAGAUGUGGUGAUCAUAGCCUAGAGGGGAGUCAUGCUGCCAGGCCUUGGAAGCAGGGAUCCUUUCCAUCCCAGAGGGUUGAUGGGCAUCCCAGAACAUACAAACAUCCCCUCGUCCUGGGGGGCUGCAGCAGGGUGCACAGCAGAGGCCUUACCAACUCAUCACUCAGGUGUUUCUCCAGCUACUGCAGGGCAUGGAGGAACAAAACAAGGAUUCUUAGGAUUUUUUUAUUUCACUACAGGGAAUAUUUAUUUUGAACUAAGAAAAAAAACUACCCAAACUGUACUUAGCCAAAAGGUGUGUUUGCUGUUGGGGGAUUUCUGUGUGUGCCUUUGUGGUUUUUCCAUUGGGAUGGACUUGCUGUGGAUGGGACAGGGAAGGGGGGAUGCUGCUGUUCUCCUCACUCUCCCUCACCACUGUGCACAGUGAUUGGGAAAGCAGCAUUUGUUAAUAACAUUGUCAUUUUUAUACCUUUUUAUUGCAGGGAAGAAAGUUCCUUCCCUUUAUUUAAUUUUUUUGUAAGAAUGUCAAUUCGAAGAGGCUCUUCACCUGAUUAAAAAAGAGUUUGGCUCAUUU